GAGAAAUUUGAAAAAUAAAUUAUAGUAAAAACAACGUAUUCGAUGAGCUGACGAAGUGUUUUCUUAUUUAUGAUAACAGUAGGACAAUGGAGAUCACAUUUCUUGGAACAGGAUCUGCUUAUCCUACACCAACACGUGGUGCUUCUUGUAUAAUCUUCCGAAAUGAUGGUAACUACUGGAUGUUUGACUGUGGUGAGGGAUCUCAAAUCCAACUCAUGCGAAGCUCAAUAAAACCUGGAAAAAUCAGCAAAAUAUUUGUCACCCAUCUCCAUGGUGACCAUCUAUUUGGGCUCCCAGGCCUAAUGUGUACAAUAAGUCAGAACUGCCCAGACCACAGUGAACCCAUUGAGCUGUAUGGACCACAGGGCUUGAGGAGGUACAUCAGAACAAGCCUUGAGUUGUCCAGAUCUAUGCUAGGCUUUGACUAUGUAGUACAUGAGUUGAUGUUAACUGACAUCAUGUAUCCUCCUGACUGGAAGGACUGGAAAGUGGAUCAUGAAUCUCAGGGACCACUUCACCCCAAUGAGAAAUUAGGGGAGAAUAUAGUCCCAGAUGAACAGGGAGUGUGGCAGGUAUUUAGUGAUGCAACUCUUACAGUAAAAGCAUCUUGGCUGACCCACAGAGUACCUACAGUAGGCUAUGUUAUAGAGGAGGCUACUACCACUGGAAAACUUGAUUGUGUGAUUUUAAAAGCCAAGGGUGUACCUGCAGGGCCAUUAUUUGCAAAGAUCAAGGCUGGUGAGAGUAUAACUGCCCCUUCAGGAGAAAUUAUUCUUCCAAAAGAUGUAUUAGGUCCCGCCAAACUAGGAAGGAAGGUUGUCUUUCUGGGAGAUACAUCAAACUCUGAGAAUAUGAUGUCAAUAUCCCAAAAUGCAUCAGUGGUUGUACACGAAGCAACCUUAGAGAAUGAAAUGCACGAAAAUGCUCUGGAAAAAGGUCACUCGACACCAGCAAUGGCAGCUGAAUUCUCUAAAGGAGUUAAUGCCAAACAGCUCAUAUUAACUCAUUUUAGCCAAAGAUACAGAACAGUAACUCAGGAAACAAAUGAUGAAGAAACAUGUAAAUCAGUCAAAAAGCUUCAGGAUCAAGCAAAAGAUAUAUUUGGUGACAAUGUGCUGCUAGCAGAAGACUUAGUUACUAUACCGGUACAUAGGACUACAAAACAGUGCAGUUGACCUAGGAUUAACACAUAGUCUACCUGGGAUUUAGUGCAAUGUUAAGUCCAAAUUAUCAAAAUCAGAAAUGUAUUUC